AUGGUUUAUGUUAUGCCCGGCUCGUCUGAAUCAAUAUUGCCCUCCACAAUCACAGCCUAUGGUGGCGCAAAUUGUUCAGCGCUAGCUGUAUCACGUGAUGGAAUGACUAUUGCCACAGCGACUGACGAUUACGUAAAUAUAUACCCCGUAUCGUCACUAUGGCUUCCUUGUAUAAGCUACAAUAUACCAAUCCAUAUAAAAGACAACAACAUUGAACUGCAAAGUAAAAUAUGCAAACACUCAAAUUGCAUAUACAAGGAAAAGCUGAAACCUUAUGAACGCACAGUUAACCAAAAAAAACGUGAACGUAGACAAAAUUCCAAGCAACGCUCACAGACUGAAGGAACAAUACAAAAUUUGUAUUUUUUUGGAGAAGAUAAUAGGCAUCUAAUUGCGAUUGGUCCAUCAAUGUUUCUCGUUUAUGAUCUAAUGACCAUGGAUUUGGAUCCAAUAAUAUCCUUUGAUAUGCGUUAUUUUGGUCUUGAUUCUGAAAUGGAAGUUGGGAAAUCAGGCACAUUCUUGGUUUCCCUCACUGUACUAAACAUAGAUCGCAAGAUUGUACACAGUGAUCAAUAUGAAAAACCGUUAUCAUCUAUAGAUUUUGUACUAAGUGUAAAACCGUAUAUACCCACAUACUAUCGCAUUUUGUUUGAUGAAGAUAACAAUUGGUGGAUUGUAGACUGCCCUUAUACUGUUGGUAUUAUUCCAGAGGAAUCUCUCGAUGAUGAUGUCCCAUACCUAUUGUUUAAUCAUGCUAGAUCGCAAUAUCCAAAAAAUACACUCUGUUCUCUUGUUUCAGAUCCAUGUGUAAUUGUGGAUUUGGAAGAUUCAAAAUAUACUUCUGGUAUAACGCCAACAAGUAGCUCUAAUCUCUCAAUAAAUUCUUGCAUCCCCUCAAACUCGACAAAAUGUGCUAUUGGGGGUAAUAAAUCCUCUGUUUCAAGCUCCAGUGCGGACGAUGAAAAUCUACAGGAGGGCGAUACAGAAAUACCAAUAUCUAACGAAAAGAAUGAUUAUAAAGAUGAACCUGCUGGUGAAGAUAAAAUUCCAGAGUAUAUAAAUGGGAAUAACCAAAGUUAUGUCUGUCAAAUCCCAUCAUUUGGAACCCUAAGUAAAAAGACUAAAGAUGUAAAGCCCAAAAAAAAUAUUAUAGCAGAUACAAAAAGCGGUACAUAUUAUCCCUUUUGUCUUUUGGAGCAAAAAGUCAACUAUACAGAUAAGGAAAUUCUGGAACAUGCAAAAUAUAUUGGUGAGGAGGACAUUGUUAUUUAUUAUAAUCAACAAUUUUUGUUUUCUACAUCAAUCCCAAUAUCUACCAUUAUAAUGCUAAAGUUUACACUUUGUAAUUUUUUUCUAGUAAAGUGGAAAGAUUCCAAACCUUAUAUUGAGCUAAAAUGGAUUGGGAAUACAGAUUCUACAAUUAUAUCGGACAUUCUUCUAACCAAUGUAGGAAUUAAGGUACAUACCUUCUUGUCUAGAGGAUAUGGGAAGCUAUUUACCAUCAUAGCUUCUGAUCGCUUCUUUCUUUUAAAAUACACAUCAAGUUCUCCAGUAUCUGCAAAUUUAAAACGUUGCAAUAAUACAAUGCUAAACGGAAACUCGGUGAAAAUGCACAUACUAAACAUUGUCGAAAAUGAUGAAGAAAGUACAAUUGCAUUACAAUACACUCACUAUGAUCCAGUUCUCAGGCUAAGAUAUUGCACCGCUUCAUUUAGCAACGAUGAAACCGGAGGAUAUCUAGUGAUUUGUACCAACUUUACAACCCAGUGGGGAUUGCAAUUCUUUAACCUAGUAUCGCAAUCUGGUGUAGAUGCCAUUCGUUUAAUACUCGACAUAUCCAAAUGCAAAGGAUUCACCCAUAUAUUAUGGCCACCAAAUCACAACAAACUCAUUGUUAUUUCAAAAAUUAAUGGUGAACUCUACCAGUUGGAACCAAAAACAAAGAGAAACUGGGUAGGACUCAUUCCCAAUUUCUCAGCAAUUGAUAAAAAUAUCGAAGUUAUCGAAGAAGAGGACAUUUUUGAUUCCGUAAAAACAUCAAAACCUGCUCAAGAUCUGACAAGGGUAGAAAAGGUACCCAAGAAAAAAAGAAUCGAAAAAACAAACUACCCCUUUUAUCACCUAGGAUUCUCCCUAAUUGGAGACAACUGGAACAAUCUCGACUUUUAUCUAGAUAUACAAGGACAAAAACCAACCAUACAUGCAGACACUAGUGAAAAUAAACUAACAUAUACAAACAAAAUCAAAUGUGCUCUAGAAAAUUUUAAAUAA